AUGACCAAAAAAUGGAAGAAAAAAGUCUUAAUCAAGAAAAAAAUUGAUGCUUUUCCAGUUGAUGGGUCCCUCACUGAAGAUUUGGAACUUUAUUUCAAGGGAAGAGAACGUCACAGGCCUUCUCACAAAUGGCUCCAAGAAAGGCCUGCAAGAGAAACAAGGGAAGGCCCAUGGAAUGGUCAAAGCUUUCAGGUAGUGUAUGAGGAAACUGGAAGUGUUUCAGAACAUGGCUUUAAUUAUGCAAAGCAGGAACAUGCUGACCUAAAGGACUCUGAGUUCCAGCAGACGCUGCGUUUAACUCCUCCCCUGGCUGGUCUUCCACCUGGAAUGGACAAAGCUGCUCUUGUCCUGACACGUCCACUCCACGCUGCAGAAGACAAGAGGCACAAGUUCAGCCAGCAGGCAAUCCUACAUGAUGCUGCCUUGAUCAUUCCAGUUUUCCAAACCAUGAUUGGGAAUAAGAUGGACAUGGUGGUAACAUCCUGCGAGAGCGCUCGCCUCUUCUCCUCAUCACUUGACCCCAUCCUCCCAUUUCCAGUUGACCUGAAUGAAUUGGUAGGACCUGGAGCCUCAGUGCACGUCCACAAAGGCCGCAAGGGCCGCGCGCGCCAGCCGCCGGGGAGCGAGCGAGCGAGCGAGCGAGCGAGCCCGGGAGGAGGCGGCCGGAGCGAGCGAGGAGCCGCGCGUGUGGCGAGAGGGGAAGCCGCCGCCGCCGCCGCCCCCCCCACCCCCCGCCCGUCGCCUGCCCUUCGCGCCUCCCCGCCCGCCCCCCGCGGGAGCAGCACCACGUCGGCGCCGGCGGCCAAAGUCAGUAAAAAGGAGCUCAACUCCAACCACGACGGGGCCAACGAGACCUCAGAAAAAGAGCAGCAGGAAGCGAUUGAACAUAUUGAUGAAGUACAAAAUGAAAUAGACAGACUUAAUGAGCAAGCCAGUGAGGAGAUUUUGAAAGUAGAACAGAAGUAUAACAAACUCCGCCAACCAUUUUUUCAGAAGAGGUCGGAAUUGAUCGCCAAAAUCCCCAACUUUUGGGUAACAACAUUUGUCAACCAUCCACAAGUGUCUGCGCUGCUUGGGGAGGAGGAUGAAGAGGCGCUGCAUUAUUUGACAAGAGUUGAAGUGACAGAAUUUGAAGAUAUUAAAUCGGGUUACAGAAUAGAUUUUUAUUUUGAUGAAAACCCUUACUUUGAAAAUAAAGUUCUCUCCAAAGAAUUUCAUCUGAAUGAGAGUGGUGAUCCAUCUUCAAAGGCCACUGAAAUCAAAUGGAAAUCUGGAAAGGAUUUGACGAAACGCGCAAGUCAAACACAGAAUAAAGCCAGCAGGAAGAGACAGCAUGAGGAACCCGAGAGCUUCUUCACUUGGUUCACUGACCAUUCGGAUGCUGGUGCAGAUGAGCUCGGCGAGGUCAUCAAAGACGACAUUUGCUACUUGGUUCCUGACAUGGAUGAUGAAGAAGGGGAAGGAGAAGAAGAUGACGACGAUGAUGAAGAGGAAGAAGGAUUGGAAGAUAUUGAUGAAGAAGGGGAUGAAGAUGAAGGUGAAGAAGAUGAAGAUGACGACGAGGGAGAGGAAGGAGAGGAGGAUGAAGGAGAAGAUGACUAACGGAACACUGACGGAUUCCAAUCUUUUUUAAUUUUCUCCAGUCCCUGGGAGCAAGAUGCAGUCUUUUUUCUUUUCUCUCCCCCUCCCCUAGCCCUGCCCCGCCCCUCCCCGUCCCCACUCCCUGUGCUCAGUCUGUCGCCCUGUUU